AUGAAUGAACUCUUUGGUGCAAUCCCUGAAAGCUUAUCUGCUUUAAACUGGUUGAACUUCCUGAAUUUGUCACACAGUAAGCUAUCAGGGCCAAUACCAUCAGGGAAUCAAAUUCAGACCUUAACCGAUCCAUCUAUCUAUGAAGGAAACAGUGGACUCUGUGGCGAGCCACUCCCAAAUGACUGCCUGGAACAUAAAUUGCCUACGAAAAAUGGGCAUAUUCAUGAUGAUAUAGGCCAUGGCGAGUCUCAUUGGUCUUGGUUUUAUGCUGGUAUAGGACCGGAUUAUGCUGUCGGGCUAUUGGGAGUUUUGGGAAUCCUUCAGUUCAAGAAGUCAUGGCGCUAUGCAUACUUCAGGUUUCUGGAAAAUGCCUAUGACAAAAUCUGCGUAAUGAUUGCAUUGAAGGCCAAUCAGCUGAGGAGGAAUUUCCAUUGA